GAUACUGGCGCAUGCGCAUUUUUUAUUUUAUAUAUAUUUUUUAUUUUUUUUAUCGUAGUAGCUCGUUAGAUGUUCGAUUGUUCGCAAGUUAGAGAGAGACAACACCAACCUCCUAUCUUCUAUCUCUUUUUAUUUCGCCGACAGGUUUUAUGCUGGCUUGUUUGCUCGAUGUGUAGUAUCUAUAUAGAGCGCACUCGCUUCGCUCGUGCGGUCAACUUCGCUCUCGUGGAUAAUUGACAAUUUUCCGCACUAGUUGCAUAAUAUAUUAUUUUUAUUACUCAUGCGGGAAAAGUACUAUCUUUUCGGUCGCUAUUGGGGUCGGAAAGACACUGUUUGCCUACUUUACAAUAACAAUAAGCGUUUUGAGUAAAAUAAAUGUCAAUUUCAGUGCGAAAAGUUUACUUGUCGCACCCAAAUUAUACUUACCACACGAAAAUUGACGAUAAAAAGAACACAAUCAAAGUGUCAGUAUUGUAGGCGAUAAGAUUAAUAUGUAGUUCUUUCUUCAUUUUAUUUUUUGUUUAAAAACGCUGUCUUAGACGAUAAGAUUAAUAUUUAGUUCUUCAUUUAUUUUUUUUCCUGUUUGAAUACACUGUCGAUCUUGGUGAAAGGAAACUCCACUCGGAAAUUGGGGGGAAACGAUAUUCCGUUGUUUAUAAAAAACGAAGUUCCGUUAUGCAUGAUUUCACUACGAUCUUUAUUAAAAACAAAAGCUGUACCCAUCGGUUGACUAUGGGGGAGGAUCCUUCUGCUAUUGGUCGAUAGUAUUCAAAAUCUCCUUCCCUCUCCAAAGGGGUGUUACUCAUUUAUGAUAUAAAUACUAUAUUAUAUCAUAAUCUGCAGUUAGUUAUAUUUCUCUGUCUGAACCCCACGAUAUCAAAGAAGUGAGGUUGACAUUUAAAUAAAAUAAUUUAUACUCGCGUAUUAAAAAACUAAAAUUAAAAAUUUUAAUAAGAAACAUGACUGAUAAUCCCCACUUGAUACCGGAAGCUGAUAAUGAAGAUAGUGAUGAAAGAGAUGAUGAAAGUGAGUCUAUACCGCCGGAAAUUAUUGAAAGAGCAAAUGAGGUGAUCAAUAAUCUCAUUCCUGCAACAUCACGACCAAGAUAUGAAUCGGCAUACCGAAAAUUUAUGUUGUGGCGAACAGCAAAACGGAUUACAAGUCUUUCUGAAGCGGUUUUUUUAACGUAUUUUAGUGAACUUUCCGAAACGCUCUCGCCGUCAAGUUUAUGGGCUAAGUAUUCAAUGUUGCGAAGCAUGAUUGAUAUUAAGCACAACCUCAAUAUAUUUAAUUAUUCAAGAUUAAUUGCUUUCUUAAAGCAGAAGAAUAAAGGUUUUAAGAGCAAGAAAGCUAGAACAUUGAGUCCUGAACAAAUUGACCGAUUCCUGCGUGAAGCUCCAGACCGCGAAUUUUUGGCUACAAAGGUUGCUUUAAUUUUUGGGGUGCAAGGUGCAUGUCGGCGAAAAGAAUUUUGUGACGUAGUGAUGGAUGAUAUACAAGAUAAAGGUGACAUGUUAUUGGUAAAAGUUCCGGACAUUAAAACUGGCAGAUCUAGAUCAUUUGUAGUGAUGAACGAAUUUUACGAUAUUUAUAAAAAAUAUGCCAAAUUACGUCCUACCAACUUAAAAACAAAAAGAUUUUUUAUUAGUUAUCGAAACGGUAAAUGUACAACUCAAAACAUCGGCAUCAACACUUUUGGUGGUAUGCCGAAAAAAAUAGCAACGUUUUUGAAGUUGGCAAAUCCAGAAACUUACACUGGACAUUCCUUCAGAAGAACUUCAACUACUUUGUUGGCUGAUACUGGUGCUGAUUUUCUUACCAUAAAAAGACACGGAGGAUGGAGCUCUGUUGCUGAAGGCUACAUCGAAAAUUCCGUGGAUAACAAAAAACAAAUCGGCCAACAAAUCGCAGCAACUAUAACUUCCAGGCCGUCUACUUCAACAGCUCAACAGCCACAAAUUGAUGUAGCUAAUGAACCAGCAAGAGAAGCAACGAUCGACAUUGGAGUAAAAAACGAGGACAAUUUUGAAAUUUUGAAUACGGUCUCAUCAACAAAUUUCCAAAAUUUAAAUAUUUCGUUCUCAAAUUGUUCGAACAUAACAAUUAAUUUAAACGGCACGGCCCGUCACUCCGAUGCCUAUCCGUACACUGGCUCCGUUGCCUCGCCAUCUACCGGUUCGUUGCUUGAACCACUUAUUUCUUAA